CAGCUGUUUAUCGAAAAUUGGUCGAGUUCCGAAGAAAUUUUCACACAUUUUAUUCAUUUGACUCGAUUUUCUGCAUUUUUCCGCAAUGGCAAGCUCUGGAUUGGAAGGUCUCGAUACCAAAGAACUCGGAACGUUGAAGGAGUUUUUGAUGCAAUAUAGCAAAUUGACGGAAUUAUGUUUCGCUGAUUGUGUCACAGAUUUCACGAGUAGAACAAUUAAGCCAGAAGAAGAACGAUGCUCUCUGACAUGCACGGAAAAGUUCUUAAAGAUGAACCAAAGAAUAUCUCAACGUUUUCAGGAGUUCCAAAUGAUCUCGAACGAAAAUAUUCUGGCAGCACAAAACAAAUGAGGAGUUUUUUUCUAAUAUGGUUUAUAGUUAAUUACAUUCGUGAAUAAAUUUCGUGCGACAAAUAGAUGAAAAAUGGAUGAAUCUUAA